UAAUAAACUGUGCAAGUUGUGGUCUGUUACAAACAUAAAUAGCUCCACUAACUCCACUGCAAUUUUACUUUACUACAACACAACUUUUAUCCACUACCAGAAAGAACAAUAAUGUUGAUUACAACAGUCAUAAUGCUCAAUAUUUGGGCUACAGCGGCAGAUGAUUUAUUAUCACCAAAUAUAAACAUAAUUGAACAGUUGGGAAAGAUUCAAAUCAUGGAAACAAGGAUGGAAUCCAUGGAGAAGGAAAUCGAGCGACUAAAGGCAAAAAAUCCAGAUUGUCGGUGCCAAAAAGACACAGGAGUUUAUGAACAUGACAUUAUGACCUCACAGCAAAAAGUAUAUGCUGCUGAAGACAAUGUUGAAGAGCUAAGAAGCAAGAAUGAAGAAAGGGUGAAAGUAGCCUUUUCAGCUUCACUAUUAUCUUCACAUAACAUCAAAUAUAUUGGCCCUUAUGCAGAAGAUACCAUGAUUGUAUAUGGAAAAAUAUUUACCAACAUUGGAAAUGCAUAUAACACCACAACAGGAAUAUUUUCUGCACCAGUGAAAGGCGUUUAUUUCUUUAACCUUGUGCUCUUCACUCAUGAUGCCUUAUCAGCUGGUGUGAAACUGCUAAAAAAUGAUGAUCAUGUGGUUGGAGUGACAGAUAACCCUCCUACAGAAGACAAAGAGGACACUGCAAGUAACUCUGUGAGUCUUCUUUUGGAAGAAGGGGACCAGAUAAGUGUAAAACUUAUCGCGCACCGUCGUAUCUACACAGAUGGGUUUAGGCGUAACACCUUCAGUGGACACCUACUAUUUACCAUGUAAUGUUGUAAAGCAAUGAUCUCAAAGUCAAUUCCUGGAGGGCUGCAGUUCUGAAUAGUUUAGCUCCAACCAUCUCCAACUCAAACCUGCUUAAUAGUCCAUAGUAGUCUUGAGUUGGAUCAGGGUUGGAGCAAAACUGUGCAGAGCUGCAGCCAAUGAAAGCAAAUGAAAAUACACAUUUGCUCACCUUCAAAAGAUUUUAAAGAACUGGAAAAUGGUAACCAUUGACAUCUAAAGUAUUUAUCUUUCCUAUAGAUGUCAAUGGUUACAGGUCGUCAGCUUUCUUAAAAAUAUCUUCUUUCGUGUUCAACAAAAUAAAAAAGCACUAGUGAAUA